UGUUCAUUGACUACCACAGGUCGCUCAGGAGCAGCCUUAGGUGUUUCCCAUUACUCUAACAGGCUUGAUUACGAGCACUAAAGAUAGUUGUUUUAGAUUUGCACAAGAACAACAAACUGGAGUACGAUUACGAGGGACACGAGUAGAGGGACGUCACAAAAACUACCCAUGGUGUUUGACAAGGACACGAACAGGCUAGAUGCAGUGAGCCACGACUGUAUGAUCUAGCAGUAGAAAUGUGCGCAUGUGUGAAGAAAAUAGUGAGAUGGAUUUGAAUCUAAUGGAAACAGCCGGUUUAGUGAAGGUGUAGCUGCUGCAGCUAGAGCAACGCUAGUUCCAGCAAAAGCAACUGGAAGCGGCCAAACGGCUUGCGCGGCCAAAGGACGAGGGUGUGCCAGGGCUAUCGGACACACAGACCUAUGCCUGACUGCCUGUCCGCUGCCUGAAGAGCGUGCCGACGGAUGUUUGAUUUGGAGUCCGCCGCCAUGAUAGAGGCCGCGCCCUGAGCCUAAGCCCCGGUUUCCGGGUUGGCUACUGCAUGUGUCGUCAGUCGGAGCAGCUGAGUAAAGCUGCUGAAACGGCUGAAGUUGGCCCGGGGCGGAUAGCAGGCAUCGCCGAUAGCCCGGUGACCUUAUUGUAUAUGGUUUUGUUUAGUGUCCCAUACUAACGACGCCUGGCAGGUGUGCCGAAAAUCACGUGCAUACCGUUGGCAAUAUGUUAUUGUCUUAGUAGUGCUGGACGACAACGCGCAAUAUUACAAAGGAAAGCUUGCAUCCAAUAGCGCGUUUUGUCUCGUGUCUUGUGUGUUUGCCGAAAGCCUUGUGGCGUGCUUGUGUGGGAUCCAGGAGGCCAAUCUAUAUCGUCCAGUGAUUAUUCAGUUAUCGUAUCGGGAAUCAACGAUGUCUUUCCUCGCCCUCGAUUCUUGCAGCGCCGCCGCUGCAUCCUGGCAGGAACGACGAGACCUUGUAUCGACGGGUGCGGGUGGUGGCGGCUUGGGCGCUGCUGCUCCUGGAGGCUUUGGAGCCCCGCGUCUUACCCCCACGUCGGAUUUCCAACCGCCUUAUUUUCCACCCCCGUAUAAUCCGUUGCCGCCUCAGCAGCAACUAGACUUUCAUGGAACUCAGGAUCCCUACGCGUCCCACCUGAACUCUUUACAUCAGAGUUCAGCUGUUGCACAACAAUACCAUCAAUUGCACCCGGCAGCCCAACGGACACACAAUGCUGCUACGGUGCUCACUGCCACGCCAGGACGGAGACCAGAAGACGACGCCGUGUUGUUGGGCGUAGGCAGCAUGGGCGGUCCCGCGGGAGGCCUUGCAUACGAUGGCAGAAGAGCCGACUCCAGUUACCACCGGAUGGACCAGCAUGACCUACUAGCAGGAAUUCACCAACAAAUGGACGACGGCCAAGCGUCCACGUGCUCCUCUGAUAAUGACAACGGAAACGGCAAUGACUUCAUGGAGGGUGCUAGCGUGGAUGACGGCAUCUUCGGUGAUCAUGGCGUAAUACGAAAAGGCCUUCAUGGAGGAAAAGAUGGCAUGAUGACGAGUGGUGGAGCUGGCAUGCUUCCCGGUCAGGUAACGUCGACGGACGUUUUCUGUUCAGUGCCGGGUCGACUGUCGCUCCUGAGCUCCACGUCCAAGUACAAGGUGACCAUCGGGGAAGUACAGAGAAGACUCUCGCCCCCCGAAUGUCUCAACGCGUCCCUGCUCGGUGGAGUCCUCAGGCGAGCCAAGUCAAAAAAUGGAGGACGGUCCCUCCGUGAGAAGCUGGAAAAAAUCGGCCUCAAUCUGCCCGCCGGAAGGAGGAAGGCCGCUAAUGUCACACUACUCACGUCGCUCGUAGAAGGCGAGGCAAUUCACCUAGCCAGGGAUUUCGGCUAUGUCUGCGAGACCGAAUUUCCGUCUCGACAGGUUGCCGAAUAUCUUAGCCGGAACGCAAUACAAGCCGGCGACCCACAGGACGUGUAUCGACGCAAAGAGUUGUUGCUUGCUACGAAAAGCAUGAUCCAAGAAUUUAUGGAUCUUCUUAAUCAAGAUCGGACACCUCUGUGCAACACUCGGCCGCAGGUGGUUCUUGAGCCAAAUAUUCAACGGCACCUUACGCAUUUUGCGCUCAUCACGCAUGGCUUCGGGUCGCCGGCCGUAGUGGCUGCCUGUACCGCCAUGCAAAACUGCAUUAACGAGUCGCUCAAGUACCUCGACAAACAUCUCAGUGGAAGUUACACCCCCGUAUCAUCUGUUCCACCUGGUGUCACCGGUGUGACAGGGGUCCCGACCGGUGUUCCUAACGGGGUAUCGGGAGUACCUAAUCCGCUGCUAAACGUUCCCCCUCAAGUCGAUCCCAAGAAGGAGGAUGACAAGAAGUGAACGACGAAAAAUCACAACGACUGCUCUACCCCUACUUUUAACUGUCAUAUGUCAUCCUAUUUUGAAAAGCCUUACUCAUUAUCUAGUGAAUUGAAGUAAAGAUCGCCAUUUUGUGAAGGUUUUGCUGAACUAUCAGCUCCUUUCUCCGAUGUUAAAUCAAGCUAAUUGCAAUAUAUGAGCUGUGACGAAAGCUAAUGGAAUGAAUCUAUGAUAUUUACGCAUUAACCAUUAAGAGUUGUUUUUACCUAUGAGGGAUCGGUUAUUUCGUGCAAGCCAGUAAACGCUGUAUUUUAAUAUCCCUACAUUCGAACCCUUUGAGUACCAUCCACCUAAAACACUUGUCUGUUUUGCUCAUCUAUUUGAUCCAGUUUAAAAUGCACGCUCGCGUAUUCAAGUGAGUCGGUGCAUUCCAAAACGCGGCAAUCAAUCUAAUCGGAGCCACUUUAUGUCAGACCUUUUUCCUAGGCGACGACGACUUGAUAAAGUUAAUGUAGGGCAGUGCGAUUUGUCGACUGACAGAUCUGACGGAUCGCAACUGACCUUGAGCCAACAACUCUACACAAUUGCAUUAUGAAAACACGAGCAGUGUAACUGUGUCAACCUAAACAAAAUGCAAAAAUGGCUGUUAGGAACACACACACACACAGGCUGUGGUAACGAAGGCACGAAGCAGAUAGACACAACACUAUGGAUCACAACCACGGCCCCUAACAUAGAGCCCUUUCAAACUAUCUAGUUGUAUAAAUAUGUGUAACAAUUGUGUUGCUAUAUAUAAAUAAAUCUAUAUACAUAUACAUAUUGGAUGUGAAAGAGAGUGAGAAUAUGAUUCGUGUGAGAAGUAAAUACAGAGAAAAGACAUUAAUAUAUUCGAGCGCUGAGAUAAACAUGGCGACGGAGAAACAUACAGACGACGCGAGUAAUAUAAAUACUAGUUGUAAUAUUAGGGUAUAUUAUAGCAACUAAUACUGCAAGAAGGCGGAACAUAUAAUGUACUAUAGUGAAUACCGGCAGAGCGAGGCGAAAUCGCACGACUAGCCGGAACUCAUUGUAUACAACACAACAGACCAGAGCAAUGUAAAACCGAUAGCAGCAGCAGCAGCAACAAAACUCAAUUUUUCUGCCCCUCGAACUCACCGUAACAGUAUCCAGAGGGACAUAUUCACCUCGACAGAAGUGGCCAGUAGCUGAAUUUGCUCGAAGAAAUGGACAAUGUGAUCAGAGAAUUUUUCUGGAUUUUAUAUACAGAAUGUUAAAAACUCUCCACCAAAACCAUAACUACAGGGAAAACGCGAUGACCUUGAUUUGUGUGAGCUUCGACAUCAGCGUACUCACUAACGAAGUUGUACCGAGUUGUCCAAUGUGAACCAAUAAAGCAAGACUUUUGACCUCUCUCCCGUUAGGUGUUUAGACGAGGCAGGACCUCGCCAUAAUAGUUACUAGCAUUAUCGUAUGAUCCGGAAGAUGCAAACGUCUCACUAUGUCUAUAGUGAUUGAUUAGUGGUCGACUGUAUAGGAAUACAGUAUGCGAGAGCCAAAGCCAGCCGGAACGAAGUUUGAUUAUCAUUAUGAAAUGAAGCCUGUAUUAUCGUUCAGUCAAGAAAGCCUGAUUAUGAAAAGCGUCAUCACAUGUCGGCGUUUUAUGAAUGCUUUGCAUUGAUCACAUCUUAUUCCGUCAGCAUCUGCCGAGCAGGAGAUCAGGUGAACGUAAAUAGCAUUGGCAGAUAUGCUAGAAUGUAUAGUUAAUAUUGCUACUAAAGAUUCUUUGGUGUAUCAUUCAAGUGAAUGGUGUUAGUAGAGGAAACUAGAACAAUAUGUAAUAAGUGAUGCAAUGUAAGUCACACAGUAGGCCCUCUCAAAGUCUAUCUGAGCGGAACUCCAGCACUUGUGAGUUUGUCUUUCCCUUUGAAGGCAAACGAAAUCCCUCAGAUUUAUUUAUUUGACGGUUUGUUCCCUUUUCCUGACUAUGUCCCCUUUGCCCUCCAGGACGGCGGUGGUAUCUCGUUAAACGCACUACGACACUCAAUACUCAUUGCCCAUUGUACAUACUGAUAUAAAAAAUAUUAAUAAUAAUAUAAUAAUAAUUAUUAUUAUAAGAUAUAUAGCCUCGAGGUCGCCUUAAAAUCGGCCUGAGGCACCCCUGUGGGAGGCAGAACUUGAGCAGUAUGUUUGUGGGCCGCAAGGCUCUAUAAUUAUCAGAGUGACUUCGAUUCCGGCCUGGGAAAUCGGCUAUACUCAAACUCAGAAACAACAUGCACCUCCUCCCAUUAGCUUAUGUUUAAAUAAUAUUAUUGCUAUAUACAACAUUAUAUUAUUUCUCAUUUUCGUGUUUUAUUUUAUGGUACUUAUUAUAAUGAUAUUAUUCAACCUUCUUGAAUUAUGGUUGUUUCUUUAGUGCUAACAAUAUUUAUCCCAUUCUGUAAUAAUAUCCCUAUUUUGUGCCGACAUUUCAGCGUCAACAUACGUGCACAUGCUAGACAAAAUUGUGGUGAAGUUAUUUGCGACCACGUGGUUUCUAAUUAAAAAAUUAUGUUCCUUUAUAGGCCAACCUGAUAUGCAGAGAGAUGUUAGCACUGGAGCAAGCCAGUUUGCGUUUGUUAGGGUCUUUCAGUGUAUUUUGUCCUCACCAUGGCAGGUGAAUGAUGUAUAGACUAGAAGAAAAACAUAAUGACGAUAAUAAAUAUAACAACAAUGGCUGCAAGAACAACAGAAGAAAAAAUAAAAUGUUUCUAUCAAAUAUCCAUCCGAUGUUAUUACUGACGUAACACCUUGUUUUGCAUAGUAAUUAUAUAACGUUAAAAUAUCGACAAACGUGUCAUGAUUUGCAGUCACUUAUUGAAAAUAAUAAAUUCGCAUGCCUUAUACAACUACCAAACAAUAAGUUAUGCUAUUAUUAAUCACAUGGCCUUAAGAAACUCUCAACAUAAAGAUUGUUUGAAACAGUUUGAUUCAAUUCCCUAAGUUAUAUUGCCGUGACUUAAUUCUUCCCACCCAGUCAAAUAACGUGUUUUUAUUUGAAGGCACAGUUAGAGUUUUUUUUGUUUAAUAGCACUUGUUUGCAUUUUCCCCUGAAAUCGAAAACCCGAACAGAGCAUAUUAACCUAUCGCCUUGUAUAUCAUAAAUGUCAGGUUGAGAAAAAAUCUUCCGCUGGAGCCGAUAGAUGGCGUUAGCGUCAGGUCAGCUAAUCGUAUCGAACUGAAACUUCCCAGCAUGGUUGUUUGAAAAACAAACCUAUUACACGUGGGCCUAGUGUGAAGUU